AAACAUUUGAAGCUUGUCCCACUCCAUAACAAAGUCAACAAGGUACUUUCUCGUCUUAGCGAUCCCCACGGCGAGUAGUUUCUGUUGGCUUUCAUUUAACCUAAAAUCACUUAUACCAUACAAUAUCUCCUAUUGUUGUUGUGUUCCGACCGGCAAAAUGUCUUUCGGAGGCCAGACGCCCACUAUUAUCGUCCUGAAAGAGGGAACCGAUACCUCUCAAGGAAAGGGCCAGAUCAUAUCGAACAUAAAUGCUUGUCAAGCUGUUCAAGCGACAAUCAAGUCGACUCUAGGUCCCUAUGGCGGUGAUUUAUUAAUGGUGGACGAGAAUGGAAGGCAGACUAUUACCAAUGAUGGUGCGACAGUAAUGAAGCUUCUCGAUAUUGUACAUCCCGCUGCCCGAAUCCUCGUCGAUAUCGCAAGAUCACAAGAUGCCGAAGUUGGAGAUGGUACCACGUCGGUCGUCGUUCUAGCCGGUGAGAUAUUAAAAGAGAUUCGAGAACAUGUCGAACAAGGAGUUAGCUCUCAGAUUAUCAUCAAGGGUCUAAGAAAAGCUUCCUCCAUGGCAGUAAAUAAGAUCAAGGAAAUCGCGGUGAGAACAGACGAGUCCAAUAAGCGAGAAACUCUUUCGAAGCUAGCCGGUACUGCCAUGACGAGCAAGCUGAUCAAGAAAGACACUCCAUUUUUCACAAAGAUGGUUGUGGAUGCUGUUCUAUCGUUAGACCAAGACGAUUUAAAUGAGAAGCUUAUUGGUAUCAAGAAGAUCCCCGGCGGUUCCCUUACCGACUCCCUAUUUGUCAACGGCGUGGCCUUCAAGAAGACCUUCUCAUAUGCCGGUUUCGAACAACAACCCAAGUCAUUCACCAAACCGAAGAUCGUCUGCCUCAACGUCGAGCUAGAAUUAAAAGCUGAGAAGGAUAACGCCGAAGUUCGAGUAGAGCAGGUUUCCGAAUACCAAGCGAUAGUUGAUGCCGAAUGGCAGAUUAUCUACAAGAAACUUGAGGCAACUUAUAAGACAGGUGCUAAGGUGGUACUCUCGAAGUUACCUAUUGGAGAUCUGGCGACCCAAUAUUUCGCCGACCGCGACGUUUUCUGUGCUGGACGUGUCUCAUCCGAAGAUAUGGAAAGAGUAGUCCAAGCUACCGGUGCCACUGUACAAUCUACCUGUUCUGAUAUUCAACCUCACCACCUUGGCACUUGUGGCUCUUUCGAGGAGCGACAGAUUGGUGGCGAGCGAUUCAACUUCUUUGAAGACUGCCCGGAGGCUAAGACUUGCACGCUAGUACUCCGUGGUGGUGCCGAACAGUUCAUUGCUGAAGUGGAGCGAUCCCUACAUGACGCCAUCAUGAUUGUCAAGCGCGCUAUCAAGAACCAUAUGAUUGUAGGUGGUGGCGGUGCUUGCGAGAUGGAAGUUUCAGCAUACCUACACCGCUUCGCCGACAAGGACAUCCCACACAAGCAACAAGGCGUUAUCAAGUCUUUCGCAAAGGCCCUUGAGGUUAUCCCUCGACAACUGUGCGAUAACGCGGGCUUCGAUGCCACCGACAUUCUGAAUAGGUUACGUGUCGAGCAUCGUAGAGGCCGCGUCUGGGCUGGCGUUGACUUUACUAACGAGGGUGUUGCCGACAUGAUGGAGCGAUUCGUGUGGGAGCCGGCUCUAGUCAAGAUUAAUGCCAUACAGGCAGCCACCGAAGCCAGCUGCUUAAUCCUCGGUGUUGAUGAGACGAUCCAGAACGAAGAGAGCGCGCAACCGCAGGCGCCGGGCCAGCCGCUACCACCUGGAGCAGCACAGAGGGCGUUAAGAGGACGAGGAAGAGGUAUGCCACGACGGUAAAUAUCUAGGUGAUUAAGGGCUGGCUACUUUGCGGGGAGUGGGCGCACGGUGAUGUACCUAUGAAUCCUAUGAUUGAUACCUAAAAGGCUACAAAAAGAGCUACCUUGAAGUGGUUGUUACAUGACGAGUAUAACGUUGCGAGGUUUAGACGAUGAAGAUGAAAAAAAGGCCGUUUAAUGCUAUGUUUGUGCCGUUCGUGAUGUUGACUUAGUUGUUACUCAUACUGUAGAUCUGCAGUUGCGUAUGCCCAAAACGUGUAUCAUCUCCCCAUAACCAGAGAUCCCUACAGCGAUGAUAUGGCUGCUUAAGUAAUCACUCAUAGAUAGGGGUAUUAUACCGAUAUUCUAC